AGCCAGGAUGCCAAGCCGAAGCAUUUUAAAUCCAUUCAUUACAUGGACUUUCUGAUUUUCAGUGCAUUUUAUUUCUGCAUGUAUUACACUGUGACACACAUAAUGUCGUCCUCGUGUAGCUGAUCUGUCACUGUGGUCCCCUGUUUUUUUUUUACCCACAUGACUUGAUGGCUGUAAUCUCAGACAGAAGUGUGAUCAGAAGUUGACAUUCGAGAGACAUCUUUACAGAAGUGAGCACUUCCUGCCGCUUCAUAUAAAGUAGUAUUGAGAACAUCAGGACCUGUAGAGCAAACAGCACCUGAGCUCUCCUCAGCUUUCCAUCAGUGAGUCAGCAGUCAGCAUGUCAGAGAGAAUGUUCAUCUCCCAGAGAGGCUGAAACAAACUAAACCUUUAUGUGGUUUUAACCUCGUGUCCAGCCCUGUGCUUCACCAGCAGCAAGAAGCAACAAUGAGGCUACUAAGCAUGAAGACGUCUCUGGCUCUACUGUGGGGGAUUUCUGUUUUGCUUUCAAUGGAGUCCAUGAGUGCUUCGAUCCCAGGGACCAGAAACAUUACAUCAACCCCUGAACCAGAGGAGACAACCAAGGAGAUGAUCAGUGCACCUCACACUGACACUCACACACCUGUGGAGGUUAGUGUUGCUGCACCAGCAGAGACCACUGCGUCACCCAGAGUGGCAGAGGCAAACAUCACUCACAGAAGUGACAGCACAAACAGCGCCUCUGGUUUGGUUGCCAUGAACACUGUGGCAGCAGUGACAAGCAGCUCAGGUCCACCAUUGCCUCAUACCACUGCAGCAGUGACCACAGCUGCAGGUGCAACACAUCCUUCCCACAUAGAGACAGCGAACCCUACAGUGAAUCAGAUACAUCAGCAAUCACCCACCACUGUUGCUGCAACAGCUCGUGUAGCAGCUUCAGCAACAGUGGCCGUGUCUUCGCCGCAGCACACGCUCACCACUGAGCCCGAAGUCACAUCCAAGUUACCUCCCCCCACCUCUCCUGCUAAUUCUACUCUGACUCCAGUCUUCAUCCAGACCCUCAGCAAUCCCUCAGCCUCUACUACAACCAUAAUGACCCCUAACCCCACCUCUGAGACAGCACCAGUGUUCGACUCCACAAAAAGUGAGACAUCCACUAACAGCACCGACCUUUUGACUACACGGCCCGUUUCUGUGACGAGAACCCCCAUCUCCACAUCAGCUGUUUCAGCAGAGUCGAGCACUACCCCUCAGUCUCACCCCACCUCAUUCUUACCGAACUCCACCAGCAGUGCUUCUACACCCACUGUUUCCACCACCAGUGUUUCCAGCACCAGUGUCUUCCGCACUAAUGACUCAAACCCCAAUGUCACCGCCACUGAUGUCUUCACCACCGAUGACUCAAACGCCACUGUCUCCACCACUGAUGUUCCCACCAUCAAUGCCUCCACCAGUCCUGCAGGAAUCUUGAUCCCUCAUGUGACCAAGAGGUUGCCAGUCCCAACCACCAAACCAGCUCCGGCAACCACAGCAGCACCUCAUGAAGUCUCAAAGAGCACCGAGGCCCAACCCUGCUCCCACCGAGGCUUAGUGAAGCAAUGCCUCAUCGCCGUUUCCUCCCUGGCUGCGCUGGCCACCAUCUUCAUGGUGACUACCAUCAUCCUCUGCGCUAAGCUGUCAACAAGGAAGUACAAGGUCAGGAAACCUCAGCCGGCCACGGAGAUGAUGUGUAUCUCGGCCCUGCUGCCCGAGAGGACUCACACCUACACGAGACAACGCAAUCCAGUCAGUAACGGAGUCCUGGUGAUCCACGGUGGUGCAGACAGUGACGAGGACAUAGGAGAUAACCUCACCCUCAGCAGCUUUCUUCCAGAGAAUGACCGCUUUGUUUAAACGGAAAUAUGAUUAUUGUCGUCAUCAGACCUCUGAUAAGACUGAUUUGUCUGAUGUCAGUGACGCAGAAAGAGUUGCUGUUUGGAUACACUCAUGCUUCCCCUUUGAUGUUGGUGGUUAGGCAUCGCUGCACGCCCUAUUCCUCUGGAGGAAGAGAUACAAAACCAACAAACACACACACACAGAAAAGUUGUUACGUUUUCAUGUUCAGGUACCAUUAACCCCAUGUGGCGUUCUGUGACGUCAGGCCAUCAGGUGCGUAUUUACAGGCAAGACUUCAGACUUUUUGCAUAAUUUCACACUCGCCCUCCACUAGAAACUUUAAGUUAGGAUGAGGAGAGAGAUCAAAGAUUUUUUUUCUUAACAUCCUGAACUGAGCACCGAUGGUACUUCACUUAGCGACGGGAGACAGGAAGGCUUGUUUUGUCAGGGGAUCACUGUUCUUCACAGACACUGUUCAGUUUACAGAUGCUAUUCUGGCUGCACUGAGGCUUCAUUGUGUAAACGCUGUAAUAUGAUUAAUGGUAAAUAGUAUGUGGCUCUGUUUAUGUGCACGUAGAGAUGCAGCUUCUGUAUUGUGAUAAUUUAUUUAACUAAUGUCCUUUUUAACGGCUUGGUAAUGCUUUAUUUUACAGGUCUGGUAUUGCAAUUAUGCGCAAGAACUAUGUAAUUUGGUACAGCGUUUCAGGGAAAUAGAGACAAAGUACAGCGAAUAUUAGUUUAGUUAGUUGUGUAUAUCCUUGAAAAUACCACUCAUUUUAAAGCCAAGAAGAUUUAUUCAAAAAAGAGUAGCUUAACAUUUAAUAAGAACUGAUUACUGAUAGUUUACCGGUUGAACACAUUCUGUAUUUUUGCCCAUAAUUACCGCCGCCACCUUCAAGACUUCAGACCUAUAAAAUGAGGGGUUAUCAAAGAUUUGGCUGUAGAUAAAGUUUGUGCUGAAAAUGUUCUACAUAAGAGCUGAAGUGAAAAACAAAGAUGAGAGGAACAAAAAAGUGAAACCAUGUAUCGCAAAAUGGCUCUGGGUUUUUUUCUAGGUGAAAAAAGGUGUUCCAUUAUGUGCCUCUGAAUUGUAAACAGUCAUAAUAAAACUGAGCACUCUGUGGACUAAGUCAGUUCCCUUAUUUAUGACUGGCUGUAUAAAAGGCUUUUCUUCUGCCCUGGACUGGAUUUCAUACUCACUUCCCUUCCUGCAGAAAAGAAAACAGAGCUCUGAAUGCUUCUUAGGGAUUUUUUUUUUUUUCACGUCGAGCUAUGUGCAACUGAAACAGACAUCGGUGACUAUCAACAGAGCUGAGACGAAUGUAAACCUGGAGGAUGCAGGACCUCAUCUCAUGCUCCUGAUGACCAUAUAAAGUUAGACUUGUCUUGACUAUCACAAACACUGCAGACUUGCCAAAAAUGCAUUUCUACGCAUACACGAUCAUUUGAAGGGCUCACCAGUGUUGGGGAAGCUACACUGAGAGCAGUGUUGCAAGCUGCCAAUUACUUCACACUGGAAGAAGCUGAAUCACAGCUAAGCCGCCGUAGGGAGAAUCUAGUUUGGUUUACUAAAAUGCACAGAAAAAGUGGUUCAAACUACUCUGUAAAAAUGAUUAAAUAAACAUGUGAUACAAAUUAGAAACUACAAUGACAAACUAUAAUACAAAAAGGGUCACAUACCAGCAUAAAUUGACACUUGAUUGAGUUUAUUACCAUAAGCCUCAACAUGUACACAUGUGGGGGUUGGGCAGGGGCAUGGGACAUGUCCCCACUUUCAUUUUGACAAAAUGAAAGACAUUUACCCCAUAAACUGAUGCAGUAAGGGCACAAAUUGCUACAUAAAAAUUUCCAACAAUGCAGGAAAUGAUGUGUUUGAUGCUCAAAAUAUUCUGGCAAAGGACCCCCAAACCCCCCAUUUCAUAUGUGUUCCCCCUCCCACCUAACUACGCCCUUGAAAAUGCCCCAUGGGGAAAGUACAAGGAAUGUCAGCUUAUGACUAAUUGUGAUCAAAGGGGUUUCAAUACAAUAGAGAAGUAGUAAGUAGAAGAAGUAAAGUUAAAAAUCUUCUUUCCUUUUAUGGCCCAAAAUUGUUUAUAGUUUCAGUAGUUAAAGGAGCAGUGUGUAGGAUUUAGUGACAUCUACUGGUGAGGAUUUCAAACUGCAACCAGUUGAAACUUCUCCCACAUACCAAACAUGAGCUCCUGGUUAGGAUGGCUUUAGUGUUUAGUCUUCAGGUGGGUAUUACCAGGAGUAGGAUAGCCCUGUUUCCACCAAACACUUCGGUAUGGUACCUUUGGAACCAAAACUAACCCUUCAGACAUGACAACUAGACCCUAGAGUCUCAACUGCAAUCAAUACUCUCAAAUGUGGGCGGGGUUGUUGUCACUGCUCAAUCCAGCUCUCACUGUAUGUCCUCAUUACUGGUGACACAGGUGGAAGUCUGCACCUUGUUUAUCGUCCACAAAAUGCACGCCAUCAUUUUCUAAACAAAAUAAAACAGGCUGCUGUCUCUCUCUCUAUGAGAUAUUUAAAAAUAGUGGGUUUGUGCAUUUAGUCCCUCUCAGACAAGCUGAGGGGUUUAGUGUUGCCGGUGCCCACAGGAACAACGCUCCACAAUGCUUUUUUUCUUCUCUGAGUGAGGAUUGGGAUACAUGCCGUCCCGGUCAAAAUUAACAUAUAUAAACGCUUUAAGAUCCACUCAUUACUACAAGUGUGUGUCACAUAAAAACUAAUAAAAUGGUCAAAGUUGUCAGUGAAAUUUAAGGUGUGUUGAUUGAUUCAUGUCAUUAACUCAUACAUUGAGUAAGAUUACAAGUUAACGUUCCACCUUAAAAAUCACUGGCAGUCAGCCCAGUGAAUUAUGCUUGUUUUUUCUCCAGCUCCAGCUGCUGCGAGAGGCAGCAAAACAUCCUUUCCUUUUAUAGUUACAGUUUACAAAUAAAACUCCACAGUAUGAACAGUGGUUACAUGAGCCUCAAAACCAGCCACAGCUCAGCCCUGAGCAGAGUGACCGUCCUCUACUGACCAAUCAACAUACUGCAGUGUUCAUAGCUCCACCUUUUAGUACCAGAUCUGUGUGCUAGGUACCCCAACAGAGGGGGGACCAAAACGGGGACAGUACAGAGCGGUCCCAUUGGUAUCGUCCACAACUUUUUACAGUGGAAACGGAAAAAAUGUUUACCGAACUGAACUGAACUGCUCAGUGGAAACACAGCUAAUGAUCCACAGAAGUGCCUUCCCGUCCAAAC